CCUCGUUGUGGGCAGAGCUCUCCCGCUGCCACUGUAAGCGGCGCCGCCCGCUCGGUCGCGGUUGCUUCCCUUUGGACCCGGUCCGUCCAGCUCCUCUCGAGCAACUUUGCAGCGAGCUCUGAAGCCCAAGGGCGUCGCGGCGCCGCGUGAGGCCUACUAGCGGGCCGAAUGGCCUCCGGUGCCUGCCCUCCGAGCCCCUCUGGCCCACGGUCUCCACCGCUGCCACAACAGCCCCAGGCCCGCUCACGGCUCAAUGCCACCACCUCGGUGGAGCAGGAGAAGAGUGGGACGCCCCGAGCUCCCGGACCCCAGGUUGGACCUGGACGAGAUGUGAGAGACACGACUGCCUCGGCCAUGCCCCAGGCCUCGCAUGCCAGGAGCCAAGAAAGGGUGGAUGGAACAGGGCCUGCGAAGGGAGAUGUGGACACCCCCUUUGAAGAGGUCCUGGAGAAGGCCAAGGCCGGGGACCCCAAGGCACAGACGGAGGUGGGGAAACGCUACCUGCAGCUUGCCGGCGACGGGGAUGAAGAGGUCAACAACUGCACUGCCGUCGACUGGCUGACCCUCGCCGCCAAGCAGGGCCGGCGCGAGGCCGUCAAGCUUCUCCGCCGGUGCCUGGCGGACAGAAAAGGCAUCACCUCCGAGAACGAGCAGGAGGUGAGGCAGCUUUCCUCCGAGACCGACCUGGAGCGGGCCGUGCGCAAGGCGGCCCUCGUCAUGUACUGGAAGCUCAACCCCAAGAAGAAGAAGCAGGUGGCCGUGUCGGAGCUGCUGGAGAACGUGGGCCAGGUCAACGAGCACGACGGAGGGGUGCAGCCUGGCCCCGUCCCCAAGUCGCUGCAGAAGCAGAGGCGGGUGCUAGAGCGCUUGGUCAGCAGCGAAUCCAAGAGCUACAUAGCGCUGGACGACUUCGUGGAGAUCACUAAGAAGUACGCCAAGGGCGUCAUCCCCGCCGACCUGUUCCUGCAGGAUGACGACGAUGACGAGCUGGCAGGCAAGAGCCCCGAGGACCUGCCCCUGCGCCUGAAGGUGGUCAGGUACCCGCUGCACGUCAUCAUGGAGCUGAAAGAGUACCUGAUUGAUGUGGCGUCCCGGGCGGGCCUGCACUGGCUGUCCACCCUCGUGCCUACCCACCACAUCAACGCCCUGGUCUUCUUCUUCAUCGUCAGCAACCUCACCAUCGACUUCUUCGCCUUCUUCGUGCCCCUGGUCGUCUUCUACCUGUCCUUCAUCUCCAUGGUCAUCUGCACUCUCAAGGUUUUCCAGGACAGCAAGGCCUGGGAGAGCUUCCGUGCCCUCACCAGCCUGCUCCUGCGAUUCGAGCCCAACCUGGACGUGGAGCAGGCCGAGGGGAACUUCGGCUGGAACCACCUGGAGCCCUACGUCCACUUCCUGCUGUCUGUCUUCUUCGUCAUCUUCUCCUUCCCCAUCGCCAGCAAGGACUGCAUCCCCUGCUCGGAGCUGGCCGUCGUGUCCGUCUUCUUCACGGUCACUAGCUACAUGAGCCUGAGCACCUCGGCCGAGCCGUACACCAGGAGGGCCCUGGUGACCGAGGUGGCGGCCGGCCUGCUCUCCCUUCUGCCCACCGUGCCCGUCGACUGGCGCUACCUGAAGCUCCUGGGCCAGACCUUCUUCACGGUGCCCAUCGGCCACUUCGUCGUCCUGAACGUCAGCAUCCCCUGCCUGCUCUAUGUGUACCUGCUGUACCUCUUCUUCCGCAUGGCCCAGCUGAGAAACUUCAAGGGCGCCUACUGCUACCUGGUCCCCUACCUGGUCUGCUUCAUGUGGUGCGAGCUCUCCGUGGUCAUCCUGCUUGAGUCCACCGGCCUGGGGCUGGUGCGUGCGUCCAUCGGCUACUUCCUCUUCCUCUUCGCUCUCCCCAUCCUGGUGGCCGGCCUGGCGCUGAUGGCUGCGGUGCGGUUGGCCCACUGGUUCUUGUCCCUGGAGCUCACCAAGGUUGUGGUCACCAUGGUGGUCUGCAGCAUCCCCCUGCUGGUCCGUUGGUGGACCAGGGCCAACUUCUCCGUGGUGGAGAUGGUCAAGUCCCUGACACGGAGCUCCAUCGUCAAGCUGAUCCUGGUGUGGCUCACGGCCAUCGUGCUCUUCUGCUGGUUCUACGUGUACCGCUCGGAGGGCAUGAAGGUCUACAACUCCACGCUGACCUGGCAGCAGUACGGCUUCCUGUGCGGGCCGAGGGCCUGGAAGGAGACCAACAUGGCCCGCACCCAGAUCCUCUGCAGCCACCUGGAGGGCCACAGGGUCACGUGGACCGGCCGCUUCAAGUAUGUCCGCGUGACGGAGAUCGACAACAGCGCCGAGUCGGCCAUCAACAUGCUGCCGCUCUUCAUCGGCGACUGGGUGCGCUGCCUCUACGGUGAGGCCUACCCGUCCUGCAGCUCGGGCAACGUCUCCACGGCCGAGGAGGAGCUCUGCCGCCUCAAGCUCCUGGCCAAGCACCCCUGCCACAUCAAGAAGUUCGACCGGCACAAGUUCGAGAUCACCGUGGGCAUGCCCUACAGUGGCGCCAACGGCACCCGCGGCCCAGAGGAGGAUGACAUCACCAAGGACAUCGUGCUGCGGGCCAGCAGCGAGUUCAAGGACGUGCUGCUCCACCUGCGCCAGGGCAGCGUCAUCGAGUUCAGCACCGUCCUCGAGGGCCGCCUGGGCAGCAAGUGGCCCGUCUUCGAGCUCAAGGCCAUCAGCUGCCUCAACUGCAUGGCGCAGCUGUCACCAGCCAGGUGGCAGGUGAAGGUCGAGCGGGACUGGCGCAGCACUGUGCACGGCGCUGUGAAGUUCGCCUUCAACUUCUUCUUCUUCCCCUUCCUGUCGGUGGCCUGAGGAUGCGUCCUGUUGCAGGAGUGUCGGUGCAUGUGGCUGCCAGGACCUCCCCCCACGGCCUCCCGGCUGAACAGCGCAACACUAACCACUGUGCACGUGCGCGCGCGCGCGCGCACGCAUGUGUGUGUGUGUGUGUGUGUGUGUGUGUGUGUGUGUGUGUGUGUCCGCACGCAUGCGCAAAUGCAGGGCUUUGGAGACCAUUUGUCACGUGUAGUCUGCUCAUACCUCUGUGAACGGGCUGACUCCUUUAGCUCUGUCCACUUUGACUGCCCAGUGUGGUUGGAAAUGGCAUGCACAGCCUCGACCCGCAGUCCCGACCUCUCCGUGCGCAGCUGGUGUGCCAGGCUAGACCAGGAUUCCUGUGCCCGAAAAACACUUUACAGACGCUGCCCUCCCUCCCCUACCACCUCCACGCACGCCCCGGCCCCUCAUUUACUUCUGUUUGGGUUUGUUAUUUAAAGAACCAAUAGUGCUGCUCUGUAAACUCAACGAUAGCUUUUCUUAUUUAUUUGGUCACUGCUAAGCCUUGACAGCUGUUUGCAGAUCCUGGGGGCCUGCAGAGCCGCUCUGUCAUAUGACCAAGGCCCUGCCUGAUUCUGAGAUCGGAGGCCGCACGGGCAGAAGCCCCGAGCUCUGCAUCCUGCAGCCUGCCCGCCUCGCAGCUCUCCUGUCUGGUGGGUAAUGGGUGAGUUUGCGAGGGUCUCGCCUGAAUCCACCGGGACUAGGAAAUAGAAGGAACCCAGGGUGUCCCCUCCCGGUGCUCAGAAACGCUAGACCAUGUUCAGAACCAGAAAGCAGAAAGUCAGGGUCCUAAAGCAGCCGAAAUAAAAACCUUUGAUGAAA